AUGUUUUGUUGUUUAGGAAGGAAAAAACGGGACAAUAAUGAGAUGGAAAAAAAAAAUUCAAAAAAAGAAAUGGUAGAAAGAUUCAUAUUGCAGAAUUGUAAAUCUAAUGAUGAGGUAUUAUGUCAUUUUGAAAACAAGGAUUCUUUUGAUGAAUCUAUUGAUAAAAGCAAUAUGAUUAUAAUUGAUUAUGAUAAUAAUUAAUAUGAAAAGAAACCAUGGUCAGGAAUAUAAUGGCAAAUGAUCAUAUAAACGAAGAAUUUGAAUCAAAUUGAAUUGUAAAUUUGAGUCACUAAUUUGAGAGAUGAAUUAAAAAGAAAUAUAAGAUUUGGGAUUCUAUGUAAUUUAAGACCAGCCACUUGGUUUUGGAUAACAGACAUAAAAAAUACACAAAUGAAAAAACAUACAUCAAACAUUUAUUAAAAAUUGAAGUCUUGCGAGUCUCAAUAUGAUCCAUAAAUAUUUAAGUGUAUUAAACAAUUAGAUAAAAAAGUAUUAUAUUUGAUUUAAAUUGAAGUACAAUGAUUUAGUUUUUGAUAUAUUAAGAGCAUAUGCUAAUUAUGAUGUUGAGAUUGGAUUUAUAAAAGGAAUUGAUCAAAUUAUUGAAUAUUUAGUAUAAUAAUUGGAUCCAGAAUAAUAUAUCAAUCUUGAUUACUCUUUUAAUUAAUUUAAUAGAAUGUGUGAUUUUUAUGAAUAGAUGGUAUUUUGGAUGA